AAAAGGGAUUAAUUUCAAAGAUAGUUCUUGAAAUUCAUGUCAUAGAAACAGUUUAAAAUCACAUUCGACAUUUGUAUUGGCGAUUUCAUCAAAAUCUUUUUAAAAAUUACAAUCGAGAAUCGAUUAUUAUUGUCUAAAUCAUUACAUUUAAUUCUAACCAUAGACGAUGGCAGAUAGAAUAAUCAAUCUAGAAGAAUGGGUAGAAAAACAAUUGCAAUUGAUUCGAUUGGAACAUGAAGAAGAAGUUCUAAGAAAUGAAGAUUUACUAACUAAUAAUUCAAUCGAAGAUUUGGAAAAAGCUGGAUUUGCUUUACGAAAUCUACAGAUAACUAACCAAUAUUUAGAUGAUGGCAUCAAUGUUAUUUGUUUAAGCUUACCACAAGAAAAAAAAGAUCAGUUAAAUCUUGAAAAAUGCCGUUUACUUCGUAGUUUUGUCGGUAUCACUUUUGAUGAUGAAACAGAACCAAUUGCAAUAGGACACGCGUUAAAAGUAGAAUCAUCAAAAAUUGAAAUCGAUUGUGAUGUAAAUUUAUCCAAAAAAUAUCCAAACCAAUUUUCACUCAAUUUUGUUAAAGUGGUCAAAGAUAUCACUUAUAUGCGAAUAGUUUUUACGUUGAAAAAAAUGGUUUCACGAUCAUCGGUUGUCUAUUUAAUUGGUUUAUUAAUGGGUCAUAGACCAUUAUUGAAUCCAUUAACAAUGUUGGCGCCAUAUGUUCGAGGUUUACCUUUUUCUAAUGGACAAAACGGAUCAGAAACAAUUGAAUGGUUCAAUACUGAAUUAAAUAAUUGUCAAAAAGGAGCUGUUGAAUUCUCAUUGUAUCAACAACAUUUGGCCGUAAUUCAUGGACCACCCGGUACAGGAAAAACAACAACACUUACAGAAUUGAUUCUUCAAUUGAUUACUAGAGGAUUUCGAGUGAUGGUCUGUGCACCGUCUAAUGUGGCUGUUGAUAAUAUUUUCAAACAGUUAGUCGAUUCAUAUGAUAAAAAUCUAUGUCAAAAAUAUCGUGUUAAACCUGGUUAUUCAUUCGUACGAAUUGGUCAUCCUGUUAGAGUUGAUCCAAAAAUUCGCAAAUAUAUUGUUAAAUCAAAUUCUAAAACGAAAACAAGUGAUUUCGGAAAAAAACAAAUUGAACGAAAGAUUCGAAAGGCAAACGUUUUAAUGUCAACACUUUCGAGUUCGUCUAUCUACCAGGGUCUUCUUAAAAAUUUAUGGAGUGAUAUGGAUUUGAAGAAUUUUUCAUUCGACGUCGUUAUCGUGGAUGAAUGUGGUCAAUCAAGUGAACCAUGUACUUGGAUUCCGUUAUCGUUUGCUGAUAAAUGUAUACUGGCAGGUGAUCAUCUUCAAUUGCCACCAACAAUAUGUUCGCCUGAAGCUGCCAAGGAAGGACUUAAUAUCUCUUUACUCGAACGAGUUACAAAACAAUUAUUUGCUCAUUGUCCACAACAAGUAGUACGAAUGUUAACAGUUCAACAUCGUAUGAACAAAUUGAUCAUGCAAUGGCCUUCCGAUUAUUUUUACGAGAGUCGUUUGGUUGCCGCACCUUUCGUUGCUUCACAUCAAUUGAUAUUGAAAGGAACUAGACGUCCGCUACCAGUUUUACGAUUCGUCGAUACGGUCGGUUGUGAUAUGAGAGAAAUGAAUUCACAAAGUAAAGCAUUCCGCUCAUCAAAGGGUAACAUAUAUGAGGCGAAAAUCGUAUGUAUUAUCAUCAAAAAACUUUUGGAUCAAGGAUUAGCGGCAUCCAAUAUUGGCGUAAUUACGCCCUAUAGAUUACAAACAACUUUAAUCGAAGCCGUUUGUCAACGAGAAUUCUCCCGUCGUAUCAAUAAAGAGUUAGAGAUCAAUUCGGUUGACGGAUUUCAAGGUAGAGAAAAAAAUGUUAUCAUUUAUACUAUGGUACGUUCGAAUAAUAGUGGUUCGAUUGGAUUUCUCGAUGAGGAACGACGUCUAAAUGUUGCUAUCACUCGUGCUCGUCAACAUUUGACUUUGGUUGGCGAUUCCGGUACAGUUACACAACGAUCAAGUGCCCUGAAUUCAUUUAUUGGAUAUUGUUUUCAAAAUGCAAUCAUAGAAAAAGCAAGCGAUUACGAGAGACAAAUGAAUCGAAUGAAUUAUCUGGAUCGAAUAUUUAAUGAAUUCCAAGUAGCCAAACCACGUAGAAAUCGUCGGAAAAAUCGUUCAAAAAAAUCGAAAAAAACUGAACAAAAUAGUAUUCCACCAAUCGAUUCAAAUCUAGCCAAAAUAUUACUUACAUUCCUUAAUAACACCGAAUGGCCAUCAGUACGAUUGCCAAUUCAUUAUAAUCGAAAUCAACUAGAACAUGCCAAAAAUUUUUGCUGCCAAAAUAGAUUCAAAUAUUCCAUUAACAAAGUGCAAAUCCACAAUUUCAAUCAAACACAAGUACAUACACAGAUGAUUAUAUUUCGUUGAAAUUUAGUUGUUCAAUUUUAUCUUGUUUGUUAAUUUAUUUUCAGAUUGAAAUUUAUUAUUUUUUAAAAGAUUCUAAGCCAAUUUAUUAUUAUUUUUUUUUAAUGAAAAGAUUUUUUAUUUCACUUAUUCAUUCAAUAAAUCUUUGCAAAUAAGUUUGCUGGACGUAA